GUGAAAUGAAAACGAAUGAGAAAGAAGGAAAAACCCGUCCUUGACAUUGUUGUCCGGAAGCUGAGUCAGAAUGCAGUGUCGCAGUUGGUCGCGUCAGUAUCCGUCCCUUACCCAGCUAAACGCCACACGGUAACAAGAUAUUGGAGAAAUAAACAAUGGCUACCUGGAGUGAUGGCGAUACCCUUAUCCAGUUGGAAGAAGAUGAGGAAUAUGACUUCGAGCUGGCACAACGCCGCAUGGAGGCUGAGAGAGCUGCUAGGGAGGAAGAAGCGUUCCAAAGGAACACCCUGAAUUUGGACAUUCCCCCACUUCCAAAUGGAAAAACGCACCAUCUUUUCAUUUCCCAUUGUAAUGAUCCUCCGGAAGAAGCGGAAUGGGCAGAGCAACUGGUCAACACCAUGGAGCGAGACUUUGGCUUGAAAUGCCUUUGGCCAAAACGAGACUUUACCCCCGGCCACGAUGUUGGAGCCUUGAUACAGAGUGGAAUCGUGUCUUCUGUGAAGGUUGUCUUCAUUCUUUCUCCUGCUUCCAUGGAAAGCCGAUGGUGCGAAUAUGAACGGAAUUUUGCGUUUGGCAUUUCUGUUGAGAAUAAGGAAAAUCAGAUAAUCCCUGUAAUGUUAAGCCAGUGCGACUUUCCAGGCAUUCUGAAGACCUUGAAUUAUAUUGAUGUUCCUGCCGGAGAGGACUAUGCAUUCAAAAUUCGGCGAUGCUUUGACGAAGACACACGCGAUUUUGAUCAUCUUGUUCCGGAAUUGAUGAAAUACUGUAAAAACGAAAAAGGACCAACUAAUGGAACUGUUGCUAGAAUACUUGGAGAGAAAAAUUUGAAAUACACUUGCAGAGGAUCUGCUUGGUCUUUUCGGGAUCUCGACCAACACCAACGGUACGAGCUUCGCCAACUUGGAAGCAAGUUCGUUGAGCGAGUAUAUUAUGAAGCAAAGGAUAUUGCCAACACCUCUGCCUACAUGAAGUACUAUUCCACCAUCCACUCCUUUCGUCACUGUUGCGGCAUUUGCUGUUGCGGCACAACAUUCUGCAUGUUGCUGAUACUGCUAAUAUACUUCAUAGUGGAAGUAUCAGAUAGGAAAAUUGUGAAUGGUAACUUUCUUCUAGCCGUUGUUCUACUCAUACCUUUCCUCGGAGCAGGUUUGGUCUAUGUUGCACAUGUGCAGAUGUUAAAAAGAUUGAAAGCUCGCCUGCAAGCAUAUACUCUAGGACAUGUUUUGAAAACAAAUAUCCUUGUCAACUAUGGAUUCUGUCGGCUAUGUGGACCACCAACUUUGAAGGUCAUGUAUUAUGACUUAAAACCAUGUAUGAAAUACAUAUGUGACAUCAUUUACGGGGCACGUGAGGCUGGUGAAACUUUCCCGGAGAGAGACAGAGACAGAGAGGAUAAAACAAGAAAAGCUGGAAAACACUUCAUACUCUCUUUAAUCAGAAGAAAUUAUGACCUUCUGUUUGAUAACGGAUUUGAAACGAGUGUUGUAAACAGGCAUCCCACAUUACACAAGAACAAGUGCAUCUGCGAAUUGCUAGAAAAACAGGUGCGGCAAAUGUAUUGUAAUCAAAUAUGAACCCAAUCCAUGUGCGUAUAUUCUCACCAUGACAAUUCCGUUGAGGACCACGCCCAAGCAUAACCUGCUUGCCAUGACAGCCUACUAAAGAGAACUUUGUGGUUAGCUUUCCUGAAUAUGUGUCACUGUGCCCUGAUGGCGAAGAUCGUUGCCAAUGUUUUAGUCACUGUAAUGACUGGCCCAGACUUUUCAUUUAUAGUUAGAUAAGUUUGAAUAUUGACGACACCUUUCAAAAUGCUCAGAUUCAGUGAUUUUUCAAUACCGUAUUCGACGUAAUAAGCGCCCACAGCGAUAUUUGCUAAUAUAUUGGCAAAUGAACAAUCCCAAUUGGCACCCCUUCCGAUUGAUCAAUGUACACAAGACUUAUGUUUUCGCGAAUAAUACGCAUUCGUGUGUUAUAUGCACCCUUAUUUAGGGGCAAUAGAAUUCUGGAAAAAAUAUAUCUGUCGUACAUAAACAUUUCAGGCUGUCAGCAUAAACCGCGAUAUUUAUCUUUCAACUUUUUUUUCACCAAAAUAAUUUUCUAAUAAGAACCCCCUAUUUCUAAUUUUGAGAGCGCCCUGGGCGCUUAUUACGUCGAAUACGGUAUGUUCCCUUUUUGUAAAACGUGAAGUUGCGGAUACCAGUGCGCCAUGGAAUCCGAAGAUGACUCUAGCCUAUUCUACUCCAUCUUCGCGAGCCAAGAGAGUUAACUGACUUUAAAGUCCAGUUUCCACCCUUGCCGAACUGGGCUGGAAUUCCUGGGCUCAAUCGUAACGCCGCCAGUGGCUAUUACGAGUUAUGUCCUUUCUAUGCGUCUCCUAUUGCCCAAUCAGAUUCAA